AUGGAUCUUCCCCUUCACUCGGCCGCGGCGCUCGAGGUGGUUGAUGACGUCGAGCCGAUGAGACGAAGGGCCGGAGAAGGAUUAUCCGAGUCUAUCACGACGGGAGCCGGCGACGGCGACACGACGCGGUGGAGGAGGCGCGCGAUCCUGGACGGGCUGAGGAGGGUAGCAGUCUUCGUCGCGCUUUUCCUCGUCGUGGAGUUCCUUCGCAGAUGGCACGCGAACGAGGCGAUGACCGCGUGGGCCGAGUCGGGGAGCGGGAAGGAGAAAAUCCCUUGA